AUGGUGGGGCUCGGCUCAAUGGCGGGCUACGGGAUCCAGUCGAUGCUCAAGGAGGGCCACCGCCACCUCUCCGGGCUCGAGGAGGCUGGGCUCAAGAACAUCGAUGCCUGCUGCGAGCUCUCUGCCAUCACGCGCACCUCCCUCGGCCCCAAUGGAAUGAACAAGAUGGUUAUCAAUCACUUGGACAAGCUGUUUGUCACAAACGAUGCUGCCACCAUCGUGAAUGAGCUCGAGGUUCAGCACCCGGCUGCUAAGAUCCUGGUACUGGCUGGCAGGGCUCAGCAGGAGGAGAUUGGGGAUGGAGCCAAUCUCACCAUAUCAUUUGCCGGCGAACUGCUUGGGAAGGCUGAGGAGCUCAUCAGGAUGGGCUUGCAUCCGAGUGAGAUCAUUAUUGGCUACACCAAAGCCAUCAGCAAGACGAUUGAGAUCUUGGAGGAUCUUGUUGAGAAAGGCUCAGAGAACAUGGACGUAAGAAACAAGGAGGAGGUUGUGUUGAGGAUGAGAUCCGCUGUCGCGAGCAAACAGUUUGGCCAGGAGGAUGUACUGUGCUCUCUUGUGGCUGAUGCCUGCAUUCAAGUUUGCCCCAAAAAUCCUGCAAACUUUAAUGUCGACAAUGUUAGAGUGGCUAAGCUGCUUGGAGGUGGUUUGCACAAUUCUUCUGUGGUCCGUGGGAUGGUUCUGAAAAAUGAUGCUGUUGGUAGCAUCAAAAGGGUGGAGAAGGCAAAGCUAGAAAAUUAUGCUAAAACCGAGGAAGCUAAGGUGGAGGAGCUUAUCAAAGCUGUUGCUGACUCAGGUGCCAAGGUUAUUGUCAGUGGAACUGCAGUUGGUGACAUGGCACUACAUUUCUGUGAACGUUACAAACUGAUGGUUCUGAAAAUCAGCUCGAAGUUUGAACUGAGAAGAUUCUGCCGUACUACUGGGGCUAUUGCAAUUUUGAAACUUAGCCAACCCAAUGCGGACGAACUAGGAUAUGCAGACUCUGUUUCCGUUGAAGAAAUUGGUGGUACUCGAGUUACUGUCGUCAAGAACGAAGAAGGUGGAAAUUCAGUGGCUACUGUUGUCUUGAGAGGCAGUACUGACAGUAUACUAGAUGAUCUUGAAAGAGCUGUUGAUGAUGGCGUCAAUACGUACAAGUCAAUGUGCAGGGACAGUAGGAUAAUUCCUGGUGCUGCUGCAACAGAAAUAGAGCUGGCAAAGAGAUUGAAGGAGUUCUCAUUGAAGGAAACAGGGUUGGACCAGUAUGCCAUUGCAAAAUUUGCUGAAAGCUUUGAAAUGGUUCCAAGAACCCUGGCAGAAAAUGCUGGACUUAGCGCAAUGGAGAUAAUAUCCUCUCUUUAUGCUGAGCAUGCUAGUGGCAAUGUGAAAGUUGGCAUUGACCUGGAGGAAGGUGCCUGCAAGGACAUCUCGACCUUAAAAAUAUGGGACCUCUAUGUCACAAAGUUUUUUGCCCUCAAAUACUCUGCCGAUGCUGCAUGCACUGUGCUACGGGUUGACCAGAUCAUCAUGGCCAAGCCGGCAGGAGGUCCAAGAAGAGAUGCCCAGCCUGGUGGUGGAAUGGACGAGGAUUAG